AUGUGUCAAGAGGUCGGGAGGAGAUUCCACACGAUGCUCCUGCUUGUGUCGAUGCUCCUCGUUAGUUCGGGGACAGGGUUUCCUACCAAACACAAGAACGUUGCCCACAAGGCUCAUGGCCACCUGAUUCACAGCGGCGGGGUCCAAUAUGUGCCUGAGGCUUUGGAGCAGGAGAACCAAGUUCAGAGUCUCCUGUCUGAGCCCCACAUCCACCAGAGGAGGUGGUCCCACCCUCAGCACCGAUCCGUUGGUGUUCUUCCACAGCCUGAGCCUGAGGAGGAGACCAAACCCUUCAUCCUGGAUCUAAAGAACUUUCCAGACCUGGCCAAUGCUGACAUCAACUCACAGAACCCCAACAUACAGGUAACCAUUGAGGUUGUGGACGACCCUCAGAUGGAGGUAGAGAUAGACCUUGCCAAAGAAAAAGACUGGCUACCCUCUUCUUCCUCCUCACCCUCUUCCACAGUGGAUUGGCUCGGAGGCAAGAAGCUUUUCUGGCCUCUUUUCUGGACUUACACCGACACCGACUCCAGCGAGGAUAGCAACAGCCGGUCCGGCGGGGAGGAAACUGGCGAGGAAGAGGAAGAGGAGGAUUACUCCCUGGAUUACGGCAGCGAAGAGCCCUUACCCAGCGGAGUAGGCGGAGACUGGGAUACACGUUGGAACGAAGGCUGGGAUCCAAUGCAGAACUACUAUGAGAAGGAGACAGAUGAGUGGACUCCCUGGUCUCCCUGUUCAGUGACAUGUGGAGUCGGUGAGAGGAAGAGGACUAAAUCCUGUGGUUACUCCUGCACUCUGACAGAAGCCUCUAAGUGUGACCCGGAGCCUUGUCCUGGUGAUGUCAACACUGUGGUAGAGCCUUUCCCUUUUGAGAUGGAGAAUGGCACAGAGCCAUUUGGUACAGAUGUGGACAGCUGUGAGAAGUGGCUCAACUGUAAGAGUGAGUUUCUCCAGAGGUACCUCCACCAGGUGUUGUCUGAACUACCCAGCUGCCCCUGCUCCUACCCUUCUGAAGUGGCGUACACUGUGGUCAGUGUCUACGAUGAGAAUCAUGGCCGACAGUUCCGCUGGCGCGAUGCCAGCGGCCCAAAGGAGCGCAUGGACAUCUACAAACCAUCAGCGCGUAGCUGCAUCCGUUCAGCACUUUCCGGAGACUCAUCUACUCUCGCAGCGCAGCACUGUUGUUAUGGCGAUCGUGGGCGGCUGAUCACGCGGGGGAAAGGCGCAGGAAUGCCUAACCUGAUCAGCACUGAGUUCUCACCUGAGCUUCACUUUAAAGUUGAUGUGCUGCCUUGGAUUCUCUGCAAGGGAGACUGGAGUCGCUUCCACGCUGUGCGGCCACCAAAUAAUGGAUUGAGCUGCCCAGAAAACCCCCAUGAAGACGUGUUCAUGAAUGAACUGGAGGAGGCCAGGGAGUACUGA